CCGAACCAACUCCCGUUCCCCCUUCGCCCGUCACCCAGCAAGUACAUUCAGAAGAGCAAGAACUGAGAGCCAAAAUCAGAUUCAUGGAAGCUCGUCGAGCAGAUGAUGUGCAACGAAUACGAGAACUUGAAACUCGCUUGGCAGACGCAGAAGCCUUUGUUGCCUUACGACCUAAGCUGCAAGCAAAACUAAACCAACUACAACAAGAAUCGCUUCAAACAAAACGCGAACUACAGGAUCAAGCUACUGAACUUCAGGUCUCUGAAGCGAAAUUGACAGAAGUCAACGAACAACUUGAAAUGGUCUUGUUGGAUAAAGAAGUUGCGGAAGAGAGGGCAGAUGCUGCUGAGGCGGAGGUGGAAGAGCUCAAGGAGAAGCUAGCAGUCUCUCAAGACGAAUUGACGAUCCUCCGAGAAGCAAACAGUGGCACAGGGGCUGGUGGUGAUCCUUCUGACGGCAAAUUCUCACUGGCUUAUAUUCAAUUGGAGCGUCAGAAUGGACGUCUUCGAGAUAUCUCACAAGAAGCGGAACAAGAGUAUCGAAAAAAACUAACAGAUCUGGAGAAGGAGUUAGCCGCUUCGGAAGAAAUGCAAUCCGAAUUCGAUGCAACGCUACAGAAACUGGUCAAUGCGGAUAUUCAGAUUGAUAGCUUAAAGCAGCAACUGGAUGAUGCCAUGGGUGCUGAAGACAUGCUAGUCCAACUCACCGAGCGUAAUCUCCUGUUGGGAGAGAAAAUUGAAGAAAUGAGAGUAGUAAUAGAAGAUUUGGAAGCGUUGAAAGAGUUGAACGAUGAGUUAGAAGAGAAUCACAUCGAGACGGAGAAGGCACUCCAAGAAGAUAUUGAAUCGAAAGAAUCACAAAUACGAGAGGCCACAAGGAAGAUAGCAGACUUGGAAGAGGCGAUACUUGACUACGAUCAAACAAUUGGACAGUUCCGUGAAUUGGUGACACAACUUACCACAGAGCUAGAUGCACUACGGGCCGAGCAUCAAAGUGCACAGAGCGCUUCUGCGCUUGCAGCGUCGCAGACAGCCACGAUGAGGUCCCUCAACCUUAAACUACAGACCACCACCGCGAAGAAUCAAGCGAAGACGAUUGAGCUCGAGUUGCAGAACCUCAAGACUCGACAGGCAAAUGAACUAUUGAGCAUCAUCCAACCAUAUUUGCCUCAAGUCUACGUCGAGUCUGAUGGAGACUCCACGAACACCUACCUUUUGUUCAAGAGAAUGGCAGCGAAGGCGGAUCUACUCAACUCAACUCUCGCCGAGCGCUAUUCCCUUCCGGACUCAUUAAGCGGUAACGUGACAGAACCACUAAUCGGAAUAUGCGAGAUGAGAGGUCGCAUUGCCCAUCUUUCGGUCCUCUGCAAGCGUUUCGCCAGCGUACUAAGGAGAUGUGAACCCCAAGCUUUCUUGAAUAUCGGGCGCAUUUAUCCGGAUAUCAGUCCAUUGGAGAAACGAAUUGACGGGCAUAUUGAUCUCUUGAAGCGUGAAGAAUUCCGAAUGGUGAAUCAAUUUGAGCACCUUGCCGACUUAUAUAUUGCCGAGAGUGACCUUGACCUUGGGGAACGCGAACUAGACCUUGCAUUGUCAUUGGAUCACGAUAUCGAUUUCUUUGCAUCUGCAAUUGCAUGGACCAAGACAAGUCUGUUGGAGAUAUUCAAAGACGAUG